AUGUCAGAGAUCGAGUUUCCCGCGGACGGAGGAGUCAUCGGACGAGGAGUGUUUGGGGAGGUGAUGAAGGCUCAGUACCGAGGGACGACUGUAGCUGUCAAGCGAGCGCUGCCCCAAGUCGACCUGCCGGACGGCAUUUCCUCGACCUCCUCGACCUCCUCCCUCGAUGAGACUGCCCUCUCUCGUCUGCGGCAUCCUUGCAUCACGACGGUGAUGGGCGCGGUGAAGGGAAACAAGAAGUCGGGCCCGAUGCUGGUCAUGGAGUACAUGGAGUUCGGCUCGCUGCAUGAUAUCAUUCACAACGAGACCUUCACCAUGGACUGCGACAUCGUGCUGGAGAUCCUGCUGGACAUCGUGGAGGGGAUGAACUUUCUUCACUCCUCCAUCCCCGUCAUCCUCCACGGCGACCUCAAGUCGCACAACAUCCUCGUCGACAAGAACCUCCGCGCUAAGGUCGCGGACUUCGGCUUCACCCAGAAGAAGUCUCUUGGCCUCUACUCUACCAGCUGGAUGGCCCCCGAGGUCCUGCGGUACCGCAUGCGCGGGCCGGAGGCAGACGUCUACUCGUUCGCCAUCCUCAUGUCAGAGAUCUUCAGCAGGCGCGAGCCCUACGAGGGGGAGGACCUCCAGCUCGUGCUCGAGCAGGUCGCUGACAUCAGCAGGCUGGAGGACAAGAGGCCAGCUGUGCCCCAGGACAUGCCCAAGGAGCUGAGGGGCCUGAUGGAAGAGUGCUGGCACAGGACCCCCGACGUUCGCCCUCCCUUUAGCGAGAUCCAGAGGCGGGUCAAGGCCCUG